AAUACAGAAGAUCUAGCGGAGAUGGUGUGCGGGUGCCUGUCACCUGCGAAGCAGCGGCGAUAGGCUGAGACACCUGUCAAUCAGACGAGAGAACACAUUAGGCCUAAAAGACUGGACUUAUUCACGUUUCUCUUUAUUUGCCAACAGUUGCUGCUCACAUAUUGGUCUGAAAGCUAUUUAGUCUAACCAUACAUUUGUCUACCGGCCCCUGAACAUCUGGACUAGAACAUCUGGGGGCUACUUUCCCUUCUGGCACAAACCAAUCAAGCGUUUAAAUUAAUGAGGUGCAUCAGCCAGAAGCUGCUCCUUAAUUCGAGGCGAGCAUUAUGUUGUAUAUUAGAAACGAUGGAGAACAUCUGGCUGUAAAGGGUCUCGUCCCAUAUCUUCCCUAAAGACCAGCAGAGGGCGCAAAGGCACAACAACAAACCAUGACACGUGAUGGAAAUGUGCAAUAACAGAGAUAAGAUAUGUGGUUUAGCUGGUUGUGACUUUGAAUGGAUUCUGUGUGGGCGUCGAGAUACGAGCGACGCUGGUUUGGACUGAACCGAAGCGGCUUUUGCGUCUUAUUUGCGCCUUGCUUUGCGUCUGGCGGCCGUGCGCCAAACUUUCGCUUUAAGAAGGCGUCUACGCUGCAGUGUAGUGUGUUUAUCACUGCCCUUAAAGUGGCACAUGGAAAGUAGAGCUGAUCUACACGGCCUAAGAUCCCACAGAGCCACAGACUGGGUCCAGUGAGAGGAGAUGCUUUGGAGACAUUGACGCAGCUGAGCGGCUCUUUUCCGGCGGUGGCGGCGGCGGCGUCGGCGUCUCUGCGGCAGCGCGAUCGGUCGGUCCGUGCGCACGGCGAGCCGUGGGGGGGGAAAGGGAUCGGCGGAUUCACACGGACGCGUGGAGGGCUGGCUGGGUGGCGGUGGUGGGGGGUUACCGAGCGAACGAAACGAAACAUGCAAUAGUCCCCGGUGCCGCCGCCGGAAGGUGAAGCCCGCUGGACCCGUCAGCGACAUGGACUCACCGCCGGGGACGAGCCGCCGUGAGCGCACCUUGGAGUAGCGGAGCCGCGGAAAGGGGUCGGGAUGGCAGCGUCCAGCAACUCCAGCCUCUCAGGUUCAUCUCUGUCCUCUGACCCCGAGGAUUAUCAACCACCCAUAUGGAAGUCUUACUUGUACCAGCUACAGCAGGAAGCCCCGAGACCGAAGAGGAUCACGUGUCCUCAGGAGAUGGAGAGCAGACCCAAAUAUUAUGGCAGAGAAUUUCACGGAAUGAUUUCUCGAGAGUCCGCGGAUGAGCUGCUGGCGGGGGCGGAGGGCGCAUACCUCAUCAGGGAGAGCCAGCGGCAGCCGGGGAUGCACACCUUGGCCCUAAGGUACCGACGCACAGGUGCCAGCGCCUCCCGCGCGCGGCCUCACGCCACCCCUUCUCCCUCCAGGUUCGGCCUCCAGACCCUCAACUACCGGCUGUUCUACGACGGCAAGCACUUCGUCGGCGAGAAGCGCUUCGAGUCGGUGCACGACCUCGUGACGGACGCGCUCAUCACGCUCCACAUCGAGACCAAGGCGGCCGAGUACAUCGCGAAGAUGACCACGAACCCCAUCUACGAGCACCUGGGCUACACGUCGCUGCUCAAGGACGAGGCCGCGCACAGGCUGAGCCGCGGGCGCGCGGAGCCGCGCAGGGUCACCUUCCAGAGGGACGAGCGGAUCUCCUCACCGCUGGUGCGACGGAGCGCUUUGAAAGACGCGACGGAGAAGCAGUGCUCCUACGACAAAGUCCACAACUUUAAGGUGCACACGUUCCGAGGGCCGCACUGGUGCGAGUACUGCGCCAACUUCAUGUGGGGCCUCAUCGCCCAGGGCGUCCGCUGCUCAGAUUGCGGCCUGAACGUACACAAACAGUGCUCCAAGCUGGUUCCCAGCGACUGCCAGCCGGACCUGCGCAGGAUAAAGAAGGUGUUCAGCUGCGACCUCACCACGCUGGUCAAAGCGCACAACACGACGCGGCCCAUGGUGGUGGACAUGUGUAUUCGAGAGAUCGAGCUGAGAGGUAUGAAAUCUGAAGGCCUCUACAGGGUGUCGGGCUUCUCGGAGCACAUAGAGGACGUGAGGCUCGCCUUUGACCGAGACGGUGACAAGGCAGACAUCAGUGCCAAUGCCUAUGCAGACAUCAACAUCAUCGCUGGUGCUUUGAAGCUCUACUUACGAGACCUUCCAAUUCCCGUCAUUACGUUCGACUUGUACUCAAAAUUUAUUCAAGCUGCAAAAAUCCCCAUUGCUGACGCGAGGUUGGAGGCCGUCCAUGAAGGUCUGCUGCAGCUCCCCCCAGCCCACUAUGAGACCCUACGCUACCUGAUGGCUCAUCUGAAGAGGGUGACAAUGUUUGAAAAGGACAAUUUCAUGAACGCGGAGAACCUGGGCAUCGUCUUCGGCCCGACGCUGAUGCAGCCGCCGGAGCAGAACGCCUUGACCACCCUGAAUGACAUGAGGCAGCAGAAGCUGGUGGUGCAGCUGAUGAUCGAGCACGAAGACGUCUUAUUCUGAGCGCUGACGCUGGGGAGAGGCUCACGGGAGACGCGAAGGGCGACUAUUUAUUGUGUCAAAGAGGAAAUUCAAGCCACCUUUAAUUGUAAUGAAGUUUCGUAACAGUUCGUCAUCGGAUUCAACUUGACUGCUUCUUAUUUGCAUGACUGUUGUAGUGGAUGUUGGUUUUGUGUCAACAUUGUCUGGUUACUGUAUGUUUUGGGUUUAAAAACUCAGCCAAGACCAUAUUUUUCUUCAUAUUAGGAAAGAAUUUCGUCUUUUAAACUGCUUCCAGUGCUGUUCAGGCCCCUCUUUGUUUGAAGACUGCCACUACCUGGCGUAGAGUCAGUCAUGACAGCGCUGUGUGAAAUCUGCCCCGGGCGGAUCAUCAAUCAGUGAAGGACGGCUGCUGUGCAACUCUUGUCUCUCGGCAGCAGCCGAGUUAACAUUCCCACAAGACGUGUGUGCAUAUUUUUGGUUGUUGUGGGAAUGCUGGUUAAAAAGGUCAAGAAACAAUGUUUGUCCUUUCACUGUACAUUAGGUCUGACCAUGUGAUGGUCAACUAAUGAACUGUGUGUAAAGAAAGAGGGUUGAGACAACUGGACGCUCGUGAAGCACUUUUUUUGCAAGUGUAAAGAUUUAUUUUGUAAAGAGGUUUAUUUUUUGCCGUUCACUCUGCAUCACGGUCUGUCGCCAUAGUGUAUUGUAGAAAUUUGCUGAAUUGAUGUUUAAGUACAAAACAGAUCACAAUAGACAACCGUCAGAAGAGAGACAGCUUGUGGGUCUACAUUUUCCAUCUGCAGUGUUUUUGGUGUUGACGCGUGGAUCAAAUACUGGUCAUUAAUUCAUAAUUCAUUUUGCAGACUGUACAUGAACCAAGCUCUUCUGUAUAAAUGUUGGCGGCCUGUUUUGCAUUACUUCAGUUAACAUGCUGUAAUUUUGGAACAUUUUCAAGUGAAAAAUAAGCUUGUGAACGUAUUUUUACCCUUUCUAAUGCCAGUAACAUUUCUGGCUGCUUCAGUAGUUUCCAUUCACUCCUUGGUGGAUAAUGGAAAUACUAGAGCUGCACAGAGAAGCUGUUCCUUUCACAAUUUGUUUGACAUGAUUACCUGUAUACUUUCUACAAAUCCAUUUUAUCAAAAUGUAUUUUUGUGACCGUGUAAUUAAAAAUGUAAUUUAUGAAAAAAUUGAUUUAUUAAAUAAUGUAAAGUUUUAGUUAAA